UCCCAGCCAGCCUGGAACAUGGAACUCCCCGUUUCCAAGGACACGUGGCCCUUGUCCCCAGCACAGGCAGGACGGGUCAGACCCUUGGGCGGCUGCAGCAGAGCGGAGGUGUCAGAGCGCUGAGCGAGCGCCGCUCCAGAUCGGUCGGAUCUCGCACACGGGGCUCAAGAGGCUGAUCCACGCACUGAGUGGAGGUUUUGCUGCAGGAUCAGUGUCUGUGUGGCAGCGGGAGCAGCCGAGGCAGAGAGGGAUGGCGGAGCUGCGGGGCUGGGCACGAUCCACUGUGUUCCACAGGGCCCCAGCCCGCACUGCAUCCCGCAGGGCCCCCACGAUGCCCGUCAGGGUGACCCAGAGGGGCCAGCACCAAGAGCCAAAUGCCAGUGAGGCAUCGCACAUUGGAAGUGUGCAGGUUGCCAAAUUGUACAACCCGCUUGGAGGUUUGCAGGAAACUAUCAGAGAGGCAUGGUCCAAGGAACAGGAAGGGGAGAAAGGCAUUAACAAUUUGACCUACAUUGAAAGGUUGAAGGAGCGUGCAAAGAAAGCUAAAAUACCAGAGCUCAGGAAAGCCCCACAGAGCACUGCAGAUCUUGUGCCUGAGAGGAAGAGAACGAUGCCCACGAACCCUGCAAAAUUCUUCCCAAGACCUUGCAGUGCCCUUUCUCAAUGCCCAGUCAGAGACAGGGUGAUUCAUUUACUGGCUCUGAAGAAGUACAAGAAGCCAGAGCUACUUGCCCGCUUGCAGAGAGAGGGAGUUGUGGAAAAGGACAAGGAAUCCCUUGGAAAGAUCCUUCAGGAGGUAGCCAGCCUGGAUGCCAAUGAGAAUUCUUUCAGUCUGAAGGAACAUUUCUUUAAAGACAUUCAGGAAGAUUGGCCUGGCUACAGUGAGAGUGAUAGACAGAUGUUGGAGGUGAACCUUUUCCAAAAAACUGCUCCAUCUCAGAGUGCCAUGAGCAGCAGCCAAGCAUCAUCUCUGGGACCCUCUGUGAGAGAUACUCCACUGAGGACUGCUCAGAAACGCCCUCUGGCUUCUGAUUUAAACAGUCCUGUGAUAAGCAAGAAGCAGAGGGUCAACCAACAGCACAGUGAUGUCCAGCCAGCAGCUGGUGGCCACUCUCCUUCGCUCUUGCUCCUUCCUUCCACAUCCUGUUCAGCUUUGAACCUGCCUCCAACUGUCAGCUCCAUUUCCACCUGCACCCCUCGGGUACAAGAAAAAGAUAAAAUUCAGACUCCUUCUGGAGUCCCAGUGCCUGCCAGGGUGCAGGGGAAGACUCCCAAGUCCAAAGGAGAAAAAGAAGAGGCCAGAGGAGGCCAAGGAAACAAUUCAGGUUCUGUGCCACAGAAAAAGAGGAUGAUGCCUGUGAGACUUGCAGACAUUGACUGGAGUGGUUGUGCUGCUGUUUAUGGCCAACCCUACAGGGACAGGGUGAUUCAUUUACUUGCUCUGAGGGAUUACAAGGAGCCAGAGUUACUUGCUCGCCUGCAGAGAGAUGGAGUCAGGCAAAAGGACAAGGAUUCCCUUGGAAAGAUCCUUCAGCAGGUAGCCAACCUGAAUCCAAAGGACAAUUCCUUCAGUCUGAAGGAGCAUCUAUUUCAAACCCUUCAGACUGACUGGCCUGGCUACAGUAAAAUCGAUAGAGAGAAUUUGAAGUUAAUUCUUUCUAGAAAAUUAGCUCCAUCUCAGACCCCCACCAGCACCACCAGCCAAGUGACAUCUCCAGGGCCUUCUGAGAGAGAUGCUCCAGCAAAAUCUGCUCAGAAACGGCCACUGGCUUCUGGCUUUACAAGUCCUGGGAUGAGCAAGAAGCAGAGGAUUGACCAGUAGCCCAGUUGCAUCCAGCCAGCAGCUGGUGGCCACUGGUCUUCCUGGUUGCUGGCUUUGUCAUCCCAUUCUCCUCCAUACCCUUUUCCAAGUGUUGGCUCCAUUUCCCCGUGCACCUUUAGGUUCAAGAAAGAGACAAAUUUUGGAGUUCUAGUAUCCCAGCACUUGUGUGCAGAAGACUCCCAAUUUGAACAAGCAGUGAAGAGGACUGGGGAGGCUGAAGCAGUAAUGUCCCUGGGAUAUCAAUGAAGGGUAGAUCCAGCUACUCUGAGAUGAUGAGCAGGUGCCAGUAUCUCCACAAUAAACUGUUCCACAUUCAGCAAUGAGUAUCUGUGUUUGGCAAGCAGCAAGUGGAGUCCUGGCACAGUCCUCUGCUUCAGCCUGAAGAAAUCAAGGAUCCCCGACUUUUUUAUUUCAAAAAGAAGAUCAGUUGUUUUAGGGUUAUUCAAGUUAGCACUGAGUAGAUCAAUACUUGUUAAAAAGUUUAGGAUGAGUUUGUUUACGAAGACAGAAUUUAGUAGUGAACUUUUAUAAUAAAGAUAUUGCAAUAUUCUUAA